AGCUGUGUCCAAUCACAGCUGAUCACUGAUCAUCAGGGCACUGAUGAUCAGUGUGCCCUGAUGAUCAGUGUAGCCCCAGCAGCGCCACCUGUCAGUGCCUUGUGUCAGUGCUCAUCAGUGCUUCAUGCCAGUGCCCAUCAGUGCCAACCAGUGCACAUCAAUGUCACAUAUCAGUGCCCAUCUGAGCUGCCUUUCAGUGUCACCCAUCAGCGCCUUUCAGUGCCACCUAUCAGUGCCAGUCAGUGUCGCCUAUCAGUGCCGGUCAGUGCCGUCUAUCAGUGCUGCCUAUCAGUG